AUGGCUGCUUUAAUUCGAAAAUUAUUUAAAUUAGAUAAAAAGGUUGUUACAAAAAAAAAUUCAAUUACCGGAAGAAAUCACCCUUUUAAUGUACCAUAUCUUUCGAGACUGGAAGGCCUUCAAUUAUUACCUGGUCAAUCAUUGAUUAUACGAGGACUUAUAAUUGGAAAACAAGAUUUUAUUAUUAAUCUUACAAAUGGAGGCUGUGUUGAAUUAGAUGAGGAAGUAACAAAAUUAGAUGAUCGUCUUUUAACGAUGCGUGUUGAUUUACCAACAAAACAAAUUUAUUUCAAUGCUUGUAUUAAUGAUGAAUGGGGAAAGACUGGUACAGUAAAACAUACUUGGAAAAAUGGUGAUGAAUUUGAUAUUCGUAUUAGAUGUCAUGAAAAAGAAUAUGAAAUAUUUGUUGAUCAUAAACUUGUAGCUAAAUUUGCUCACUAUAAGCCAUUAACAGAAGUUACACAUGUUUAUAUAAAUGGUGGUGUUCAAUUAUAUAAUGUUUCAUGGGAAGGAAAAUAUUAUAAUGUACCAUAUGAAGCAGACAUUCCAGGAAAUUUUAAUCCAGGAAGAAAACUUUAUGUUUCUGGACUUAUUAAAAAACUAGCAAAAAAUUUUGAGAUUAAAUUUCAUUCAGGAAAUAAUAUUGCAUUAAGAUUAAAACCACAAAUUUCUGAUAAGAAAAUUUUAUGUAAUACAAUGACAGACGACAAAUGGGGCACUGAUACAAGAAUUGGUAAAGAAUUCUUUCCAUUUAAAAAGAAGCGUACUUUUGAUUUAUUAGUGUAUUGCGAAGAUACAAAAUUUGUCAUAUAUGUAGAUGACUGCCCGGUUGGAGUUUAUGAUCAUAAAAUAAGUUGUAAAACUAUUGAUAAAAUUUCUAUAAAUGGUGAUAUAAUAUUACAUGGAGUUCAUUUGAAAUAA